AAUACGCUGCCAUGGGACUCCACCCUCAGGAAUUUUAAUAAUAAUUUUAUUUAAUUAUUAAUUUUCCUUUGAAAACUUAAUGAAUAUUAAAAAAUUGAUUGUUUUACUUUCCUUUUAUUCAAUAUUCACAUAACUAUCACGUAAAUUCUGCUUUUUCUAAAAUAAAGAAAACAUUUCCACAGCGAUUCUAACCUCAAAAUUCCCAUAUAUGUCAGGAAAACGAUAACUUCAUUGACUAAUGACUACGUCAUCGUCAGCGUCAUAGAAUACACAAACCGUUUGCGAAAACUCCAAUUUCAUCAAUUGUUCCACAAAUUGUUCAAAAAUGCCGAGUCAAGAAGUACUCACGACAAAAGUUGUCGUUCACCCCUUAGUUUUACUAAGUGUGGUGGACCAUUUUAAUCGAAUGGGAAAAAUUGGCAAUCAAAAAAGAGUCGUCGGUGUACUUUUAGGUUGUUGGCGAGCAAAAGGUGUCUUGGAUGUCUCCAACAGUUUUGCAGUUCCUUUCGAUGAGGAUGACAAGGAUAAAUCUGUAUGGUUUUUGGAUCAUGACUAUCUUGAAAACAUGUUCGGAAUGUUUAAAAAAGUUAAUGCUCGUGAAAAAGUCGUUGGAUGGUAUCACACUGGUCCUAAAUUGCAUCAAAAUGAUGUAGCAAUUAAUGAACUUAUCCGAAGGUAUUGUCCAAAUUCCGUUUUGGUGAUUAUUGACGCUAAACCAAAGGAUCUUGGUCUUCCGACAGAAGCUUAUCAGGCUGUCGAAGAAGUUCACGACGAUGGAUCUCCAACCUCAAAAACUUUUGAGCACAUCCCCAGCGAAAUUGGAGCCGAAGAAGCAGAGGAAGUUGGAGUAGAACAUUUACUCAGAGAUAUUAAGGACACGACUGUUGGCACUCUUAGUCAAAGGAUCACGAAUCAACUUCUUGGUUUGAAGGGACUUCAUGGUCAAAUAAGAGAAAUUAGAGAUUAUCUUAUUCAGGUAGGAAAUGGUAAAUUACCAAUUAAUCAUCAAAUAGUAUAUCAGCUUCAAGAUAUUUUCAAUCUUCUUCCCGACAUGACACAAACUUCUUUUGUUGACUCACUCUAUGUAAAAACAAACGAUCAGAUGCUCGUCGUUUAUUUAGCUGCCUUAGUAAGAUCAAUUAUUGCUUUGCAUAAUCUUAUAAAUAAUAAGUUAACAAAUCGUGACGCCGAGAAGAAAGAAACCGAUAAGAAGGACGUGAAAAAGGACGAGAAAAAGGAAGACGAAAAGAAGGACGAAAAGGAGAAAACAAAAGUGAAGUGAAAUUAAUUGUUUUUGUAUUUAAUAAAAAAAAACUCCCCGAUUUCUCGUACAAUCGGAAAUGUCUCUAAAAUCAUGAACAAUUUAAAGUCAAUCACUUUUUAAAAAGCAGUAUAUAAUUGGAAAAAAGGUGUUCCUUAAAGAAAUUAAAAUCAGAUAAAACAAGAAGUUUAAAUAAUUUUGGAAAGUGGAAAUUAUUUACAGGUAAAGUACAUAAAAAACGAAAUUAAUA